AUGACGGUGACUGUUUUUAUUUUUCUGCUGGAUAAUUUACCGGGGUUCGAGGACGCAUUUAGCUCCAGCGUCACCAAUUUCGCGCCAAAUAAAUCGAUUUCUAUAGACAACUGUGACCCGACUAUGUCCAAUUCGUUAUGGAGAGAAAUACGAUCGCACACUAACUAUCAAACCGUAUUUAAACAUUCAGGAUUUCCACUUGAAGACACGAAUAAAUUACAUCUAUUUGAAGUAUUAAAUCAUUUAGAUGACGUACCUAUCGAAGAGAAAAAUAAUUCCUUGCAAGAAGCCGACGAAAAUAAAAGAGAACAUUUUCCCGCCAAUCCGCUAUGUUUGGUGGCCAUCUUUGAGACCCUGUCAAAUGUGACCGCGCAAACUUGCGGUGGCGUGCUUUUAAAUACUCAUUGGGUUCUCACUGCCGCUUCUUGUUUGAACGUCUUGCCAUAUCUUUAUGAAAACGGAACGAAGUACAAAAGUUAUCACACUGUAAUAGCCAAUUCCACAAAUCCCUUAGCAGCUGGUUCCGUCCAUAGUGUUACGCAAAUAGUUUUACAUCCAAAACACAACGCGAGCCAGUUUUCAUUAGCUUUAUUGAAAAUCGAGCCAAGCGUUAUCAUAAACCCUUUAAAAAUAUAUAGAAGUUCCAUCGUUGGAACUCCAGAUGUCGUGGUUUACGGUUGGUCCGUUUAUAAGCUACUAUUGCUAUAUGAAGCAGUAAGGGCAUUCGCGAGCGUCCUCAAAGUUUCCCGAGGCGAGCUUUCCGCUAUUGGAAAAUUACGUCACCCGAUCGCAAUACGCCACGCGGGAACGCAUCGGUGGGCACUGGCGAUGCACUCAGUGAAAUUUCCACGUGACGUCACGCGAAGAAAACUCCUAACUGCGAUGCGAUCGGCGCGCGACGCGCUCAACCGCGGGGCGCCCGUGGACGGUCUCCUGAAAUCCCUGUUAUCGGUGAUUGUGAUCUGCUGCAUCGCCGUGUCUUCGCCGCAGACGGCUUCCGCUAAGCCCUUCACGUUCAGCCUGCCGGCGAGUUGGUCACUUGCAGGACUUGUGGGUACAGUAGGCGCGCGAUCUGAGAGCGUGGACAGGAAGGAGCCAGGCGUGAAGCCAUACUCAGGGCGGCGCGUGAGCAACGACACCCUGCGGAUGAUCUACUUCCACGACCAGACGGUGGCGGUGGUCGAGCUGGGAGAAGAUAAGCUGCUCCUCAACUGCGAGCUCAUCGAGACUUACGACGAAGGCGACACGAGCCGACUGCUGCGCCAGUUGAGCAGGAUAAACCGACCCCUCGGCAUCACCUUCCACCAGAUGACCAAGCUCAUGGGCCAGUGCCAGCAGGUAACAUCGCGGAAUUACGAUCAGGUUGAAGGUGUAGAAGCUGGCGCGGAGAGCAGUAGAGAAAUCUGGAGCGAAGAGAGCGAAGCACAGGCCCGUCUCAGGGCGGGCGGCGCCCACGCAGGGCUACUCGGAGGUAGCCCUCUUUCGCUCCUCCAGGGGAUCAUACCAGGUACAAAAUGGUGCGGCACGGGCGACAUAGCCGCCAGCUACCACGACCUCGGCGCGGACCGGGCGCUGGACCGCUGUUGCCGCACGCACGACCUCUGCCCGACGAAGGUCCGCGCCUUCUCGAAGCGAUACAAUCUCAUGAACAACUCGCUCUACAGCAAGUCUCACUGCAAGUGCGACGACAUGCUGUUCGAGUGCCUCAAGUCGACCAACACCUCGGCCUCGCACCUCAUGGGGCACAUCUACUUCAACUUAGUCCAAGUUCCUUGCCUUGAGAGCCGGCCGGACGGCGUCCGCUUCCGAGAGGCCCGGCCUGGCUUCUAG